AUGCUUGCAAGUUUCAAAAACAUAUUCACCCCAUCUACAUAUCCUUCAGCACUCAUCGCUAUUGGCAACUUUGGUCCUCGGGCCACAAUCACUGUUCUUCAUCUUGUACCCGAGAACGGUACCACCGAACAGUUCGGCUUCACACCCUCCCAGACCAAAUUCAACCACUACGGAGCCAAAGAACAGCCCAAGUUACGCGAACAGAUCGGUACAGCCACGCUUUACGUUGGAGAUGGAGAGAGUGAAUUCAGCUUCCUUGACGAUUUGAAGACCCGGAUCCAUAAGCGGCAGAAGGACUCUUUGAGCUUGAAGCAGGAAGAGCAAGGAUAUGCUGAGGUGGCUCAGAUGGUACAAACCGUUCUUAAGCCUGCAGCACUUGAUGCCAUACGUGAAAGAGAGGGGAGAGGGCGCUCUAUGAAUGCGACGCAGACGUAUCCUGUGUAUAUUGUUUACGUUAAACGCUCGAAGCCAGGAGGGAUCAUACCUACUGAUUUCAGGAGCAUCUCUUAA